UGGUGGCUAAAAAAUAAUGAAUUACCUAGCGAUUUGAUUAGAAAAGUGGGCAAUAAUUUAAUUUUUGAAGUUGAAGAAAACGAAAUAAUUAAGAGGGGAAACAGAAAAUUUAUUUAUCGUGACUACUACAUUUUAUUUGCCAAUUACUCUCAACUUGUUAUUUCUAUUUCUUUUGAUUCUAAAAAUCCUCAAAUCACAGUUAAUAUGAAUCAAUCUCAUAUUUCACCACCAAUUAUUAAUGAUGAUAUUUUAAACAAAUACUAUGAUUUAUUUGGAAACACUAUUUAUCAAUUAGCCAUUAAAUCGAUUGGUAGUAUUAUUUAUGGUGACUUCGUUCCAGGACUUUUAUCACAAAUCCCAAAUAUUUUAAGACCAGUAGGUGCAACCUCAUUUGGCGCUCAAAUUUAUUUUAAUAAUUCAAACUCACAAAUAAGCAAAAAAGGCGAUUUUAGACCUGGUGAUAUAUUGACCCUUGAAAAAGCUAAGUUUAACGCACAUAACAAAUUCCAUCAAAAAUUUGUUUUUGAAACAGGAUUUGAUAAACCAUUUUCUGCAAUAAUAACUGACUGGGAUAACAAAAAAGAAAAAUUUAGAGUAAUUGAAAAAUCUUCAAAUACUGGUAAAAUUAAGCAAAGUAGUUACAGACCUUCAGAUUUAAAAUCUGGAACCAUCAGAGUUUUUAGAACUGUGGGAAGAGAUUUUGUUCAAUGGUAA